AUGUUCGAUCGUUUCAAGGAACUUCUGGAAGAUCGGAAUGGAAGUAAACCCCAGAAGCCAGUACCAGGAAAGUCCACAAGAAUGAGAUCAUUGCUUUCUGCAAAUCCGAGACUGCCUCGUCCGUCUUUUGAGAAAGAUGAUGAAGCACUAGAGUCAAUCCUCGACGGUGGGGACUACAAAGGCGAUAAAGUGGUUGCGAAGGGACCAACACGGCUCCAGAUAGCGUCUCGACAGGUAUUUCCGAGGAGCCUGCCGAUGUUUUAUGGAGCAGCAGAAGAGUGGCCGAUCUUUAUCAGCGCCUACGAGCAGGCAAACCAGUCCUGUGGAUUCACCAACGCAGAGAAUUUGGUCCGUCUACAGAAUGCUCUGAAGGGGAAAGCAUUGGAUACGGUUCGAAAUCGUCUGCUUUUGCCGGAGAACGUGCCGUUGAUCAUCGAGAAGCUGAGGAAGAAAUUUGGGAAUCCGGAGAUCCUGUCAACCAGAUUGGCGACAAAGAUCCAGCAGCUAGAGGGACCAAGCUCGGAGAGUUUGGAGUCGAGUCUAGUUCAGAAGCUGCCGUCGUACUAUGCCAUGGAGUGGGUGGACUACAAGCGACGCGCACAGUCAGUCGACUUGGAAACAUUCGGUGCAUUCAUGGAAGGUCUCGUAGAGAAGGCGUUGGAAGCAACCUUCGAGAAGGCAGAUGCAAAGGAGAAGGGUAAGAUGCGAAAUAGACCACAAACGAAGGCUUUCGUUCACGUCACGGAUGGAGAUAGCGGCCGGUCUGGGAGUGUGAUGUCAGCUGGGAAGAAUUCGUCACCCCAACCCCAGCGCCGAGAGUUGAAGUGUUCCGUGUGCCAAAAGUCUGGGCAUUACGGAAGGAACUGCCAGGAAUUGCUCAAACAGAGUGUUGCAGAGCGGUGGAAAACGGUGACUCGGUUGAACCUCUGUCCACUCUGCCUUUACGACCAUGGACAACGAUCAUGUUGUAAAAGAGUUCGUUGCAAGGUAGAUGGCUGUCCGGAAAACCACAAUGCCCUUCUUCAUGGUGGACCAGCCGGAUACUCGCGAACUCAGGUGCAGUGUAAUAGUCAUCGUCAGUCGAAAUGUGCAGUUCUGUUUAGGAUGGUUCCAGUGACGCUGUACAACGGCAAGAAAAGAGUAGAUACUCUAGCACUCAUCGAUGAAGGAUCUUCGGUUACCAUGGUGGACAGUGAAUUAGUGAGAACGUUGGGUGCCGAUGGACCAGUGGAACCACUGCAGAUGACUUGGACAAACGGCGUACAGCGCACGGAGUAUCAAUCGAAAAAAGUGGUGCUUGAAAUAUCUGCCAAAGACUCGUCGAGUAGAUACUAUCUGCUGGAAGCUCAUACGGUGCACAGGUUAAACCUCCCUGCACAGAAGCUGGAUUCAGCGAAGUUGGUCCAGGAGUUUAAGCACCUUGAAGACAUCGACAUUCCCAGUUACGAGAGAACUACACCUCGAUACACCGCUGGGGAUCGAUAA